AAUAGCGUGCGUCCAUGGAGAUAACAACAUGGGGAUUAGCUGCCAGUAAAAACACAAGCGUACGUGUAGAUCUGGGCAUCGCUCAUCAAAAUUUAACGAUGAUCAAACUCCAAUUAAACUAAAGUUAAGCGAGCAAGAUGUAAACCAUUAUUUAAGUAGCCAAUUUAAGUCUUUUUUUUCCAGUCAGGAAAAAAAAUACCCCGAGGGUGGCAGAGGAGGAUAUGCUGCAGGUGGAAUCUCCAGCGGGGAUCAGCCACAGUCUGGUGAAACUUGUUCCCAUGCCAGGUGAAAUCGACAACUUAAACCCUCCAUCUGCGACCGACACCACCGUCUCCACCACCACCACGGCACCGAAAGAUGAGGGUCACGACAUCAGCAACGGGGUGUCGUCCUCUGUUAACGACCUGGCGAUCCCCAACCACCGUUUCUCCAUCGAGUCGGACUUAACCUACGCACCGAAGCUGAACACCACCAGCCUCCGGUUGGCGCAGAGCAGGCAGUCCCGGUCUGGCCUGCUGCAGCGGGCCCGGGCCACACGCCUAGCCGCUGUCCAGCAACACUGCCAGGAUGAGUUCACCUUUAAGCCUCAGAUGAGCUCAGCGAGUCUCAAGAUUGCCGAGGCUUUAGGGACGACAUUCAUGAUUCGGCAGGAGCAGCACCUGGAGAAACAAAGAAAAAAGCUGGAGCAACGACACCAAAUACCCUACAAGGGGCGGUUAAGCCCAGUCUCCACCCUCAAGACCAAGAAGAGUACUGCUACACUGAAGGACAAGGAGAAUGCAGAAAGUUCCCAGACCGCUUGGGGCACCCCGACCUCCACCCCCAAUCUCAACGAGAACAGGCCGGCAGCGGACAUUGCCAACAGCAACAACCGGCUCGGGGUGGGCGGCUCCAUCUCCCUACACCUGACCACUCCCCUGAGCCCCGUGAGGGCCGGCCGGGGGCUCCCUCAGGCGUCAGUGCAACUGCAGAGGCUGCAAGAAGGACCGUACACCCAGAGUGGGGCCAACUUGGUGUUAAAGCGACAGAAGGCCCUACCAAAACCUAAAAGUUUCGGAAUGCACAAAAGGAGUGCAACGCAUCCGGUCGAUGGUGCCAGUAGCGAACCAUUAGAGUCGACGAGCCCCCAAGCCACCAAUCAUCAGAGAAGCAAGACGGUCACGUCCCCUGAGCCUGGCUCUUCCCCUCGCAAUAAAACAAAGAGCUUGGUCUCCAGGACGGUAGCGCAGAGUGGAGAGAGACUCAGGCUAGCCAAGCUGACUGCGGAACGGGCCAUGAAGUGGAAGAAGAUCUUCAUGAUCCAGGGCCCUUACCCCGUGGUGAGAGAGUGCCUGCGGUCUCGAGACUGGGUGGAGAAGCAGUACCGAGCCAUGCCCCCGCACAAAGUCAAGAGGAAGCAAGGCAGCGAUGACAAUGACACCGAUGACAGUGACAAUGACGAUGAUGACGAUGACAACAACGACACCCCAGACGCUGGUGCAACCCCAGACAGUGACGACGAGGACAGUCCACUUGGCGACUCAGAUGACAUCUAUGGCAUGAUGUCAAGAAUGGUCCGAAACAAUGAUCCUUUCUUCAUCUGGACGUGUCGGAGAGAUACUAUCAACUUCAGGUUCCUACGGAAAGAGACGAUAGUCAACCACUUUGCCAAAAACGGAGCAUUUACCACCAAGAGUGGUCUCUGCACACACCUGCGGAACCUGAAGUGGUACGAAGAUUUGGACGCAGACACCUUCUACCCUCGCAGCUACAAAAUCUGCAUAGAGGAGGAGAAGAAGACAUUUCUACACGACUACCGGCUGACAGCGGCCUGCAGCAUCCUGAAGUGGGUGGUGCAACGGCACAGCGGCGAGCUGGAUGUGCCCAUGGACGACAAUGAAGACAUUCCCGAUGAGGAGGCGGCCAAGUCGGACUUGGAGGACUCUUCCACCAACUCGCCCAGAUCCCAGUCCAAAGUGGGCAACAAGCCGGCGCAGAGCAAAGCCAAGAGGAAAACCAACCCCAUCCUGUCGGUCUCACUGAUACGGACCGCCUCGGACAUCGUGGAAAACUACCUAAGAGACGUGAAUCACGAAUUCCUGGACAGCGACGUUGACCUGAACGACGUCAUGACAGAUAAACAGUGGGACGACUUUAUACGACAAUAUUGCCAACUAAUUUUUGACGGAGGCUUGAUAGCCGAGUCCAGCAAUCACAGUGCAAUGUGCGAGAGUCUGCUCAACAGGGUACGAGCCGUCCUGCCCCAGCUGGACAUGGACGGACUGCGCAACAUCUGGAUCAUCAAGCCCGGGGCCAAGUCCAGGGGCAGAGGCAUAAUCUGCAUGAAUCGGCUGGAGGAGAUCCUCAAACUGGUGGGCAACCCAGCCAUCGUCAAGGAGGGCAAGUGGGUGGUGCAGAAGUACAUUGAGCGGCCGCUCCUGAUCUACAACACCAAGUUUGACAUCCGGCAGUGGUUCCUGGUGACCGACUGGAACCCGCUCACAAUUUGGUGGUACCAGAGCAGCUACCUCCGGUUCUGCACGCAGCCGUUCUCCCUAGACAACCUGGAGUCGGCCAUACACCUGUCCAACUUCUCGGUGCAGAAGAACUUUGAGAAUGCAGCGACACGCUCAGCCAUGCUGCCGGAUGAGAACAUGUGGACCAGCGAGGAGUUCCAGCAGUACCUGCGCGGCCGGGGCUGUGGCAAUGUCUGGCAGGACUGCAUCUACCCGGGCAUGAAGAGGGCCGUCAUCGCCGCGCUCCAGUGCACCCAGGAUGUGGUGGAGAUGCGCAAGAAUUCCUUCGAGCUGUACGGGGCCGACUUCAUGCUGACAGAGGACUUCCAGCCCUGGUUGCUGGAGAUCAAUUCCUCGCCGGCCAUGGGUGCCACCACCGAGAUCACGGAGCAGCUAUGCCAUGACGUGAUUGAGGACACCAUGAAGGUGGUGCUGGACCGACGGCAUGACAAGAACUGUGACACGGGCAGGUUUGAGCUGGCCUUCAGGCAGCCUCAAGUGACAGUUCCUCCAUACGUCGGUGCCCAGCUCAGCAUUGAGGGGACCAGCCUACGUAACCCGUCCCUCCGGAUACACAGGCAGCGAAGCCAGCCCAACAUCAUCAGCCCGCGCCAGCCGGAUGGCCCGGUGGUCCUGCGGAAGACCAAUGCCAGCGGCAAUCCCUCACAGACCAGCCCCCGCCGACCCAGCCAGCCGGGCAAAGCUGAAACCAGCCAAACGGAGCCGGAUGCCGAGGCUGACCCGGAGCUCCUCCGGGCCACCAACCUGGAGGAGAUGACCCGCAAGCUGGCAGCAUCGUCUGCGCUUACGCAAGCUAAAUCAUCACAUGAUGACAUUACGCAGCGAGAUAGCCAGCAUGACUCAAGUUCAGUCGGGAUUGUAGAUGGCGCCUGGGGUCGCUCCUGCUCGCGUUGCAACAGCGGCAUCCCUGGGGUCAAGUUGGAAGCUGACAAAACGGCUGCAGACUGUGCCUGCCGGCGGGACAGCGUGAAAACCCCUGUUGGUGAUGAUUGCAUCAGCCGGCCCAACUCCAGUCGCCAGUCACCGGUGGCGGGCGGCUGGUCGCCUGAGCUGAUUCCGCGCAGCGGAACCUUCGUCAGCAACAGGCAGGGCAACCUGGUGACGCUCAGCGGUCCAGACCCGAUCCAGGGCGUCCACAAAGUGGGCAGGGCAGCCUUUAUCGCCGGCAAGACCCGCCCCAAUGUUAACAGGCAGCGCAGGGAAACCAAGAUACAAAUACGUGGCGGAGAAGUCAGGGUGCCAUGCGGGACUUACCCAUUUUCAGUAUCCAAUGCUUACGCCAGGUAAAAAUGCCCUAUUCAAAAGCAUCAUCCGAAUGCAGAUAUCAAGGCUGAGGUGAAAAGGCUGAACGCGUAAUUUUGUUUGGAAAAUAUGUUUUUUAUUGCAUGAUGUGCAGAGUGAAAUUUAACCAAAUCUGUAGGAAAAAAAUUCUGCUGAAAAUCAUGGUCUGUGAAAAAUAACAUUAAUUACAAAACCUUCAGUCACAACACACAAUGGGAAAGUUACACCCCCAAAUGUUCAUAGCUGAAUUGUCAAGUGCAUGGAUCAUCGCUGCAGAGCUGUAUUAAGGGCAAAUGAUUAUGUACUUAAGCUUGUUAUUGUUCAUCAAGAGCAAAAUCAGCUGUAAACCAGCACACGGGCAGGAAACCCAUAUUUUUGCUGAGUUAAUGUCUUCAGUGCUUAGCAGAUUUUGUAGCCUUGCAGCGGUGUGAAGUGGGUCCCUUGCAUGUAACCGUGUAUUUCUCUAGCUAAUGUGUAUACAUACAUGCAGUUUUUUGGUUCAUUUUCAUAUAUGCACGGUGCCCAAAGCCUUUUUCCACCGUAGAAUGUUUUUGUCGGUCAUUUUUUAUAUUGAGUAUAAUUUAGUAUUUAAUCAAAUAACCAUUGUGAAUGACUAUCAGAAUUUAUACAUGUAAGUCUUUAAGUGCCAUUUCAUAGAUGUAAUUCUUUUGUACAUUUCAUUAUAGAGAUGUAUUUUUUUCAUGCUAACGUUCAGGUCCUUUCUAAAGUGCCUACAGAAAUGGUGAAAGAAGACCAGUUCUUAUUUUUGAUCGAAGGCAUUUGGACUGUGUUCAGUCUAUCCGUGAUUAGAUGCAUUCCUGCUUGACUGCAGUUAUUCUGAAAAAACCCACACAUUUCGAAUUGUUGUAUAAAAGAAGUACGCUGAAUUCAUAACAAGAAAAAAAGAGCAUUCAAACUGGUUUCCACCCAUUCUAUUUUUGCAUUUGUUACUCACCGUUGAAGAUCCCAUUUUUAAUUUCUUUUUGAGACUAGAAUGUCAAGUAGUCAAGGUUAUUCCGAGAGCAUUUGAAAUUAGAUUUGAGUUUGAAAAAGUCGCAGCCGAGUUUAAAUUGUACUAACCGGCCGAAACAUUAUUUCCUAUUGGUAAAAAAUGUUUACAAGCUGCUCAACAAACACAUUUGUAUGAUUUGUUUCUGCUUCAAAGUGCUGCCUGCCUACAGUAGCAUUUUGCUAGUAUUCUUGGCAUUUUUUUUCUAGCCGGAAUCUUUGUACUGCUUUUAAUUUGCUCAGGCUGCAGCACGAUACCUCUCUAGAAUAGCCGAAAGGGAUAUGUUAUCCGUAUGACGUGCCCUUUUCUGUUUAUUGGGUUUUCUUCACCAGAACUUUUCAGCUUGAAUACUUUGAUAGACGUUUCAGUUAUUCGCGAAGCUUUUUGCGUUUCCGUACUGUUUGAUCAUGCCUCAGUUGUUCACGCCACGGUGAUUUUGUGUUAUAAUCAAAAAUGAAAACUGUCAAAUUUAUCAAGGGUGUGCCCCCAAGAAAUUUCCUUAGAGUGACGAACUUUGGUCUGUAUUUAUAUAAUCUGUAUAAAGUCUUUAUGCUAAAAGCAAUAAUUUCAUCUUGAAGAUGUUUUUACUUUGUUUCAGUGUUAUAUGGGUAAUAAAUCAUGUUUCAUUGAAUACCGUUA